AUGUUGAAGCAACAUGUUCUGGUGGAACUUAAGCAGUUUAUUCAGUCUGUGUCCACGAUACAUCGCAGCAGUAGUAGUUUAACAUCAAUUGGAUUGAUUAGAACUUCACUGCACUUGCUGGAUGACCUUCCGUCUUGCAGAGAAAUUGUUUUCGAAUACUUUGCCCUGGUGGCUGAAGUGGGCGUACAAAGUUAUGUGAACACGGCCAAUGUGGAUCCUCAGACCGGCAUGGUAAUACAACAGCAACAUAAAUCAGGGAAUCCACAGCAACAACAACUGGUGGUUUCACAAGAAGACCCUUGUUUCGAAAUGAUCCAACAAGCCUUGGAUAAUAUGGUAAACAAAGGACCAAGUGCUUGGGCAGCUGUUAUAGCGUCAUGGAGUCUGGAGCUUGUUGGGAGUUUGUCUGAUAAAUACAGCAAAAGAAUGCCGAUUGGUGCAGCUUGUAAUUUCUGGCUGAACUGUUCUACAAUGCGCGGAUUACUUUCUCUGGUGAGCGUUUGUUUUAGGAAACUGACGAACGCCGAAGCGGAAUCGUGCGUUGAGACAUUACUAUCUGCAUACCAACGAUAUUCAAUGACAUUUGAUUGGGUAGUAGCACGCCUGGGAGGAUGUUUUCCUUCAAAAAUCAUAUCGCAGAUUCUACAGUGCAGUCUUAAACGAUUUUCCGACAAUUAUCCUUGUAGGUUCGAUUCGGAGCUGGGUAUUCUUGAAUACCUAUGCUUUGCCCACGAACAAGUGCUUCGAGCUUGUGUCAGAGAUCUAUUGGAGGAUGGUUUUCAACCGAAGAGGAAGUUGGACGCCUUAGUAAUACCAUUUGUGCUGGAGUUCUGUAAAUAUUCCGACAUUCUACUGCAGAAUGCUGUUAGCGUUUUCCUCGACAUGUACAACGAUGACUUGAGGAAGAAUAUCGCACAGAAGGCUCCCUUGUGGUUGUCAAAUCGGUUAUUUGCUGAAAUGCAGCCAUCUCUGAAUAAUUUAGUUCUACGCCUAAAAACAAAUGGAGCUCAAGCUUUGAUUACGGUGUCUAAAAUGUCGGAACAAUAUUCUUGGUGCCAGGACUUUUUAGAAUUUUCCCUGCAAGAACUAGAGCAAAUUGUACUGAAUGCCCGCGUUUGUCCUUUAAUGGACGACUUGGCAACGGAAGAAACGAAGUAUAUGCUAUGGAAAAGCUGUUUGAGUACAAACAUUUAUGAACAGCAAACCGCCGUGCGACUGUUGCUAGUAGUCUCUACCCAGCAUACCCAUAUAUAUUAUCAAACUAUAUCGGAAUUACUGCGCAAAUGUUACACCGUUUCGUCAUCUGGACUAGGUGCGAUCAUUAGGAUGAUUGGUGGUCAGUCGGGAGUAGUUGAAUUUCCAGAAAUAAAGUCGGGCAUUCAAAUGGUGCUGGAAGAUGCUCUCCUGCAGGAGCAAUUAAAAAAAGCACGUCUUACAAAGGCCUCGGACGAAUCUGAAGCGCUCAACAUUUUCAAGAAUUUAAAUGCGAUAACAAAAAUGGAGAAGAAAAAUAGUUUCUCCUGCAUAAAACAGCAUCAGCUAAGCGCGGCCUUAAAUGAAAGCCUGCCUAAAAUAUUACAAAUAUUGGAAGUUACAUUGGAAAAACUUGCUUUACGAAUGGACGCAGAUGCAAGUGCACGCAGUGAAGAAAAGUUUCGCGAUCUGCAAAACCAAACGAACAAUAACACCAUUCACAUUUACAAUUCCCACAAAAAACAGAAACUUGGCAUUUUCGCCGAUUAUUCCGAAGAAGAGGAAGAAAUGGAGUAUAUGGCAAAGCGCUUAAUGUUGGCGCAUACAAUCAUAGAUCUUUUAAAUACAAUUGAAGCGGGCUCAAAAACGCAAGUGAUAAAGACUACUGAGGUAUUAAAAUUGGCGGUGUUGAGUGUGAAAUAUUUCUACAUAGGUCUUAAUGAACAAAGUUCUAUUCAACGAAUGGUGGCAAUCAAUCGCGCCUACAAUUUACUCCAGCGUCAAUGUAGAGCACGGAAGUCGUCCCGUUCGGCCUGCUUAAGGGAAUUGAUCGAGGGAGCGCUCUUUUAUUAUGGGUAUUUGUUUGGACAAUACGAAGAGCCAUUGGUGGACGAACUGUUAAUUCCUGAAAAUGAAAUGAUUAUAGUACAAAAUCAAAAACAAUCGUAUGGGCCAAAUUCCAAUCGUUCCAUUCUCCAUGCUGGGGUGAUUGGACGUGGACUUAGGCCUGAAAAUACACUGAUGGGGGAGGCGUGUCCACCAGAAAUGCAAAAGUUAUUCUUAAAAGCCCUGGAAAUGUGUUGCUCUGAUAAUGAUCGUCAAGUGGUCAUUGAGUCAUAUUCCACGAUAUCGCUUUUACUGGUCGAAAUGGUGUCAACCGAUGUUAUGUACAAUGGACUGCCUUUUCCAGAUGAGGAGUUUACCAAAGUAACUAUGGAAAGAGAUUUACUAAUCAGGAGAGCUUUUCUUACGUCUCCUAUACUUUGGUCACUUCUGGGAUUUAUUUCGGCACAUCGCCCAGCUCUGUGCUUCUCUUCCGUUUUGUUGCGGGCACUAUGUGCCACAUGUCUACACCAGUGGAGGGCAAAAAAUGUUAAUAAAUUUGAAACUAGUAAUACCAGCGGACAGCUGAUGGAAACAACAAAGAACAUUUUAAAGAUUCUAGCUAUGGGUCAAUUGCUGCCUCCUCCCCUGUCUAAUCUGCACAAUAUUAUUGAACACUUUGAGCCACAAGAGAUAGCCUUAUUACUUAAAGAAUGCGUGUGGAACUAUAUGAAGGACAAUGUACCGUCGCCUGGGAUAUUUCCUGUCGAUAACAAUGGGUUGCAGUGGCGUAAUUCUCAAUUGUGUAAAGUCCCAGCACAGUACGUUGACACCUUGCGGAAUCUUAUGCAGAAGAAACUGUCAAAACUGGGUCAACACUAUUAUCAGAUGUUUAUAAUGCCCGAGUAUGUUCCAGCUCCGUAA